AUGAGCAAGAAGGAGCAGAUGGAGAUUCAAGAAGAAAUGUGUGAGAGGGACAUGGAGAAUGGUGACAAAAUGAGUAAAGACACCAACAAGGAGCAUCUGGAUGACGUGGGUGAGGAGGAGGAGGAGGAACUGUUGCUAAGUAUCCUACUGCUAGCCUUGGACUUACUGUAUGCAAUAAAGACACAGAAUGAUCCUAACAAUGUCAACCCAUGUGAUUUAUGCAAUGCUCUUCCCUCCACCCAUAAUCAUACUAACUUUCUCCCAGCAGGUACAAAACAGUGUGGUACAUGCAAACCCAUAAACACGGCUCUGGACAAUCAGACCACAGCGAAUUACUUCAUCCUCCAGGGGCUGACAGAUCAUGAAGACCUGAAGAUUCCCCUCUUCAUGCUGUUCCUACUGAUUUAUAUCACCACCCUUCUGGGGAACCUGGGAAUGAUCCUGUUGAUCAGGUACAGUUCCCAGGUUCACACACCUAUGUACUUCUUCCUCAGUAACUUGUCUCUUGUUGAUCUCUGCUAUUCUUCAGUUUCUGCUCCAAAGUUGCUAGAUGACAUCUUAGGAAAUGCCAAAGCUAUUUCCUAUAGUGCCUGUGUUGCCCAGACUUUCCUUUUUUUCUGGUUUUUGACCACAGAAGUGUUCCUGUUGGCUGCGAUGGCUUAUGACCGCUACACAGCCAUCUGCAACCCACUGCUCUAUACUGUGGUUAUGAGUACGAAGCUUUGUGUUCAACUAGUGGCUUGGUCAUAUCUUUGGGGUCUUUUGAACUCACUGACACACACGUGCUUACUGAAGCUUGCCUGCUCAGAUACCCAUAUCAAUGAGAUUCUCUUCUUAGUCUUAUCAAAGGCUAUAAGCUCUUUCAGCACAUUGAUUAUCAUCAUCUCCUAUUUGUACAUUCUGUUUGCCAUCCUAAGGAUCCAUUCGGCUGAGGGAAGACGCAAAACCUUUUCCACCUGUGCCUCUCACCUGACAGCUGUCAUCGUCUUCACAGGGUCUCUUAUUUUUAGCUACAUUCAGCCCACUUCCAACUACUCACUGGAGCAGGAGAAAGUUUCAGCCGUGUUUUAUUCUCUUGUUGUCCCCAUGCUGAACCCCCUGAUCUACAGUCUGAGGAACAGAGAGGUGAAGGAUAACCUAAGGAGGAUGAUUACCAGGAAAAAAAAAAUCUAUUAA